UCUAAUUUUUUAUACAUUUCGGGACGUGGGACGCAAAGUCUCAUAAGGUAAUAAUAGAAUAAGUACUACGGUAAAAGAGAAUAAGUACUUUCCAGCGUGACGCAAUGUGGCGCGCAUAACGUGAUCAAGGCAGCACAAUCGAUUUAGUGAUAGCGACUCUGUCUACUAUAGGUUUUCCUAACCUCAAAGUAACGUAUGAGCUGUGCGCGUAAAGGAAAAAUUAGAGUAUUAAAAUUAAACACAGGAGAAAGGAGAUGGGCGAUGCCGAACUUCAGGAAGAGGAAAGAGAAGUUCUUCUUUCGAUAUAUGAAGGAGAUUUGGCUUUUAAACAGUUGACACCUACUACGUUUCAAUACAAGUAUGGAGAGGACAAUGAUAUGAAAUCAUUUCUAUUGGAAAUUUCAUGGGGCACAACAUAUCCAUCAGAGAGGCCUACCAUUAACAUGAACACAUUUUAUAACAAGCACAUUGUGCAAGAAGUAAAAGACAAGGUGCUGCAGCAUUUGGAAGCAGAGGCGAAUCAGUGGCUAGGAAGUGCUAUGACUUAUACGUUAUUUCAAUAUGUACAAGAACAUUAUACUGAGUUGAUCUCAGCACAACCAGACUCUGUAGUUGAUCUAAACUUACAAACCAACCAGCUUAAGAUAACAGAUGAAAAUCAACAGUUGGAGGAAACAACAAAAAAGCCAAAGAAGGAACAUUUAACUAAAGCUCAGAAGCGUAGACAAUGGAAUAAGGCAGAUGGAAAAGGAGAAAGGCCACGAGGAUGGGACUGGGUGGAUAUAGUAAAACAUUUAUCACAGACUGGCCCUAAACAGGAACAAGAGUCUUAGUUCAACUUCAUUGAAAUAUUUGUACAGGCCUUUUGUACCUGAUGCUGUGUAAGCGCUGCCCUCGUUGCCCCACCAGCAACACCAACAAUCGAUUUCAUCGCUGUUGAAAUGCACAAUAUUCCAAGUGAAUAGGAAGAAAAAUAGGGUAAGAAUAAUUCUAAUCCCAUUGCUAAAUCAUUAAGAAUAUCAGCAAAAAGCCUCCAUUUUUUACAUUGUCCAUCUAAAUCUGUCCUAAUGAAUGAAAGAUAAUCGCUGCUUUUGUAGAGAUUAAUUAGAAGUAUUGUAUUCCUAUAUAUGAUUUUAUUUACCCAUUCCACCAUGCAAACACAAUACGACCAAUCAUUCCAGUCCCAUCUUUUAAUAUCCAUGUUAUAGCUGCUGCUAGCGGAGUAGCUGCUGCUUCACCUACACCUACCCCUUGCAUGAUAGAAUGUGUUGUAAGUGUACCCAUUAUGGUACUUGCAAAUGCCUAUAACAAAUAAAAGAGUAGUGAUAAUGGUGUAAUUUCGUUCGUGAACAGUAGUUUCACUCAUAAAAUAUAAAUAACGUUUGCAGCUUUCUAUGCAAACUAACCUGAACUGUAUCCCAUAUUUGAUAAGGAGUGUAAUCAGGGUGAACGCUAUCGGGAUAUCCUUGAGGUAAAAAUACCUCUUUUACAAUCGAUAUGAAACCAGAAUAAAAAGACUUCGUUCUAGUUGUGUCUGAUAACAGUUCGGUUAUCGAUUGCUCGUCU